AUGAUUAGAACACCCCCAAAACUGACAGAUGCAAACGAGGUAGCGAAAAAAUCGCCGCCAAAAACUGUGACACUUACCUCAAACGUGAGAAAGAGCAUCGACGAAUGGGAAGCAGCGGGAUCAGACCCGUCCAUUGAAACACCUGUGACAAGCAAAAGACCGCAGGCAGGCCCUGCUACGCAGAAAAAGAGACUGCCACUGUCACAGGACAGCGAAAUGGCUAAAAGCCCCCUAUCCCUGUCCGACACGCGUUCGCCUAAGACCGCUCACCAAAACAGACUGACAGAGGCAAAAACGUGCAUUACAAGAGUUAAGCAGUACCUGGCACUCUCCAGAAACUUAAAAUCAAAUUUAAAAACUGGAAUAAGUAAUGCAGCGGAUAGAUUAUACCAACUAGUGAAAGAGCUGGAUGCGGAACUGAAACGGAAGAGUGAAGGAAGUGUGGAGAAGGGAAAAAAGGCCUCAGAAACACCUGGAGGAAAUGAUAAGAUAGGAAAAGAGAGAAAGGGAGAGGACGCACCGGAGAAGGAUAGCCUGGCCAAACAGAUUGAAGAGCAUGGAAGGCUACUCCAAGAACACCGAGGGGAGAUGGUCUCGCUUCAAAAACAACUAUCUGAGCAGCGCGAAAUGUUCGAAGGAAAUCGAACUUACGCGAAUGUUGCUGCAGGGCCUCAAAGAGGACCAUCCCAGGAACAGCCUUCCAUGCACUCGGUGGUGAUCACCUCGCAAGACGAACUAGAGACCGGUGACCAAGUCUUAGAGAAAGUUAGGAAGGUAGUGAACGCCAGGCAGGAAGGGGUCAGGAUUGAUAAAGUAAGGCAGGCAAGAGACCGAAAAGUUAUUAUUGGAUGCAGGAAUAAGGACGAAUUAAAAAAGGUUAGGGAUAAAAUCAGGGAAAAUGGGGAGAGACUACACGUGGAAGAGGUAAAAAACAAAGACCCUCUAGUCAUUUUCUACGGGGUGUUAAAAUCUAACACAAAUAAUGAAAUUGUAGACGCCUUGAGGAAUCAAAAUGGACACUUAUUAGGAGGAAAGAGCGGGACAGAAGAAGGGAUAGAGAUAGUCUACCGCAGGAGAGCCAGGAAUCCACAUACCGAGCACGUGGUAGCAAGGGUCUCCCCUCAGGUGUGGAAGCGGCUGACGGAGGCGGGGGCAGUCCACAUCGACCUCCAACGGAUCAGAGUCGCAGACCAGUCGCCCCUAGUCCAGUGUUCGCGCUGUCUAGGGUACGGCCACGGGAAGCGAUUCUGCCGGGAGGAGGUCGAUGUGUGCAGCCACUGCGGGGGCCCACAUAUGAGAACGCAGUGUAAGGGGUGGACUGAAGCGACCGUACCAGAUUGCAUAAAUUGCAACAAAGCAAAAAUAGAGUUCAGGGACCACAGUGCAUUUAGCAGGGAGUGCCCGGCCAAUCUACAAAGAAGUGAGCUCGCAACGGCCGAACUUGUGGUAGAGUGCGUAAAGAGAAAAAUUUCCGUAGCCUUGAUACAGGAGCCAUAUACUGGAUGUACGGGUAGGGUGAAGUCAUAUCCGGGGGUCAAAGUAGUGCAAUGUAGUGGAAACCCAGAUAACGUAAAUAAGACGGCCAUUGCACUCUUUGACGACAGUAUCGACAUUGUCCAAUACCCCACGCUCACUACGCACAACUUCACAGUAGUCAAACUUAGGACUGGAGCGUGGGAAGUGGGGAUAGUGUCGGUAUACCUGGACAAGGACAAACCCAUCGACCCGGACAUCCAGUGGAUGACAAAAGUGAAGAAUGAGUUGGGCACGGCUAAUAUAGUGAUAGGGGGAGAUGUCAAUGCAUGGAAUCCAUGGUGGGGAAGCCGUAAAAUGAAUCCCAGAGGCGAAGCGCUGGCAUACGCACUGGACGAACUUGGCCUGCAGAUACUGAACGAAGGUACUAAGCCCACUUUUGAUGUAAUAAGGGGAGGAAAGCGCUUCACGAGUUGCGUCGACCUGACCGCCUGCUCUACCGAAAUCUUGGGAAGCGUAAGCAACUGGCGACUGGACACCGAAAUGACCAGCUCGGACCACAAUGCAAUCCUGUUCGAGUUUAAUCUAGAAAAAUCAAUAGGCAUAGAUAUAAAACGUACGACCAGAAUUUACAACACAAAAAAGGCAAACUGGCGUGAGUUUCAUGAGAAACUCACCCAAGUUUGGAAAGAUGAAAACAUUAAUAAGGAAGAAAUAGACAAAAUAAAUAAGAAACCGACGGGAUUGCCCUGGUGGAACGACGAGUUGGCCAGACUGAAGCAGGAUGUUGCAACAAAAAAGCGUAGGAUCAAAUGUGCGGCGCAAAUAAGACGCAAAGUGGUUACGGAUAGUUACCUGCAGGCCAAGGAAAACUACCAGUGUGAGGCCAAAAAAGCGCAAACUUCCAGUUGGAAGAGCUUCUGUGGAAGGCAGGACCGGGAAUCCAUGUGGGAGGGGAUUUACAGGGUGAUCGCCCGGACAACCCAACGGGGGGAGGACAUUCCGCUGGUGAAAGACGGAACGGUGCUGGGGGGUGAGGAAUCCGCCAAACUGCUGGCGGAGACUUUCUUCCCCCAGGAUUCGGAGAAUGAGGAUAGCGCUGCUCAUCGCUACAUCCGCAAGUCAGCAGAAGACGGCAACAAAUGGACGCAUGGUGAGCCAUGCGAUCCAGAGUUUACGAUAGAGGAACUGAAUACGGCAGCGCUAAGCUUCAACGUCAAAAAGGCACCGGGCAAGGAGGGCUUCACGGCCGAUAUAUGUAGAGCAGCGAUAGGAACGAACCCAGAAGCUUUUCUGGCUCUGUACAAUCGCUGCAUCGCUUUGGCGCAAUUUCCGACGAUCUGGAAAGAGGCAACGAUUGUAGUACUCCCAAAACACGGAAAGGAAGAUUACACCCUCCCAAAAUCAUACAGACCGAUUGGGUUGCUACCGGUCCUAGGGAAGAUUUUGGAAAAGAUGUUGAUCAAGAGGAUCCGGUGGCACACCAUGCCGAAAAUGAGUAGGAGACAGUACGGGUUUACACCACAGCGCAGCACCGAGGACUCCCUCUAUGUCAUGAUGAAGCAUAUCAGGGAUAAACUGGAAGAAAGGAAGCUAAUCUCCCUGAUAUCAUUAGACAUAGAGGGGGCCUUCGACAGCGCCUGGUGGCCCGCAAUUCGCUGUAGGUUAGCCGAAUCAGAGUGCCCAGCCAACCUGAGGAGGUUGGUUGACAGUUACCUUUCAGGAAGAAAGGUAAGGGUAAGGUACGCGGGCGCGGAAAGUGUCAGGGACACCACAAAAGGCUGUGUGCAGGGCUCCAUUGGGGGGCCCACCUUUUGGAAUUUACUACUUGACCCACUCUUAAAAGGACUGGAGGAAAAAGGGGUACACUGCCAAGCUUUCGCGGAUGACGUGGUCCUGAUUUUUUCGGGGGACAAUGCAGAACAGAUAGAGAGGCAGGCCGAUGCGGCUCUCGAACAUGUUCAGAGGUGGGGAGUCGAAAAUAAGCUCAAGUUCGCACCACAUAAGACACAGGCAAUGGUGAUUACAAAUAAAAUUAAAUACGACUCCCCGCGUCUGACCAUGGGCGGGGAACGCAUUGGUCUGUCUCGUGAAAUUAAAAUCCUUGGCCUUACGGUAGACGAUAAACUCACCUUUAACAGCCACGUGAGGAACGUCUGCCGGAAGGCCAUAGCGUUGUACAAACAACUAGCAAGGACUGCAAAAAUAAGUUGGGGGCUGCACCCCGAGGUGAUCAGGACGAUCUACACCGCUGUGAUAGAGCCUACUAUUAUGUACGCGGCUUCCGCCUGGUCAAUGGCGACAAAUAAACUAGGUGUUAAAAAGCAGCUGGAUAUGGUCCAGAGGGGAUUCGCACAAAAGAUUACAAAGGCGUACAGGACUGUCUCACUUCACUCGGCGCUAUUGCUCUCCGGACUGCUUCCUCUGGACAUCAGGAUCAGGGAAGCAGCCUCUCUUUAUGAGGUGAAAAAAGGUUUUUCCCGGAGAGCAAUAGCAGACCGGGAACUUGAGACACCAACACCUUUUGUAAACCUACCUCACCCCUCGGAACAGAUAGGGACCAAAUUUAUAUGCCUGGCAGACGGUGCAGCUCUGGAACAGCACGACAACCAUGGCCGAAAAAUUUUUACUGACGGCAGUAAAAUUGAAGGGAAAGUUGGCGCUGCUCUAUCCAUAUGGGAUGGCGAAACGGAAACGAGUACUCGAAAAUUGAAGCUGGACCAGAGCUGCACCGUAUAUCAGGCGGAGCUGUUGGCACUGAUGGAGGCAACAAGUCACGCCGUAAAACACGAGGCGUCACACUGCAACGUUUAUAGCGACUCCAGGUCCGCAUUAGAGACGAUCGCCGACGGUACUUCCCUCCAUCCCCUAGCAGUUAAAACAAGAGCAAAUAUUAAUACCAUCCAGAAGCGAAACAACAUCAUAAACCUCUUCUGGAUAAAAGCUCACGAGGGGAUGGAGGGAAACGAGAGAGCCGACGAACUGGCCAAGGACGCUGCAUUAAACAAAAAGUCAAAGGCCGACUACGACAAGUGUCCUGUUUCGUUCGUCAAGCGUCAAAUCCGAAAGGACUCGCUUGACGAAUGGAACAGGCGCUACGUAGGAGGGGAAACGGCAUCCACAACAAAGGUUUUCUUUCCUGAUGCCAUAGCAGCGAACAGGGUGAUAAGAAAGAUGGACUUGGAUCCACUAACUGUGCAAUUAAUGACGGGCCAUGGUGGGUUCUCCUCAUACUUGUAUAGGUUCAAGUGUAGGGAGAGCCCAUCAUGUCAAUGCAGUGAUGAAACCGAAGAGAAUGUGUUGCACUUGGUUGUGGAAUGCCCGAUUUAUGCCAGAAAUAGAUUUGAUGCGGAGGCCGAGAUUGGUAGAGAAAUAAACGAAAUCCUCAUGGAUACCCUCCGCCCGGGGGAGACGAAGGGUUAUGUCGGACUCCUACCGACUAAAACCUGA